AUGGCUUCUCAUCCUCUGGAUCAUUCAAAUGAUUCCAGAGCAUGGGAAAUCAUUCUCGUUACUACUUUGUCACUAUGCUCUUUUAGUAUUUGUAGUUCUACUCUUCUUUUCCUCUUCGUAUUUGUAGUUCUACGUCAUCUUUUUCAUCUUCGUUUUGGGCAAAUCGCGGUUUUUUCCUGUUAGUGUUGCGAUAGAUUGAUUACGGUUUGUUUUUUGCAAUUUUGGUUGUUAAUUUUCAUGGUUGUCUUAGUGCUGUGUAAAUUUAUCUUGCUUCCUAUUGUUUUCAAUUAUAUUGUAAAAUCAUUGCUUUUAAUUAAUUUUAGAAUGUUAGAUUAUUUAAAAUAGUUUUCCUUUUCGCACGUAUUGUUGAUGAUAAUUUUCAUUGAAUUUGGUUUUAGAAUUAGUGUUGCGAUAUUGUUCCAUCGCGAUUAGUUUUCCAUUCAUUGUUAGUAUUGCGAUAAUGAAUAAUCGCGUUUCUUGAAAUAGCGUUGCAUUUAGAAAAUGCCCAAAUUCUUCCAUUGGAUUCAUGGAAGGCUGUUUCUCCUCCUGGUGGAUCACCUGAUGCAGCUAUAAGAGCUGUACAUAAGGAAUGCCCAUUGUGCUAGCAUUAUGGUUAUCGCGUUGUCUCUCUCUAUGAAGAAUUCGAUGUACUCCAGGCAAACGUACGAUCGCAAUUAUGAAACCAGUGCGAAAUCUUGCGUUCAUCCAGCAAUAAAUUACUGGGUUGUAACAGGAAUGCGACAUGGCCAGCCAAUGGAGAAUCAUCCAUACGAACGGAAGACCGGUCCAAUUUUCGAAAGUCUCGUUAUUAUCUAUUAGUAGCUAAACAUUUGAUAAUAUCUAUUUGUUUCAGUUGAUAUGUUCCCUCGUUUAAUUGAUCUUACUGAUUUAGUAAAAGACUUAAUUUCUUAAGAAAUUAAAGCGAAUAAUAGUAUUGAUAUUUAAGUGGAUAAUUUAACUAUUAAAGAUAUGUGUAUACUGAUUAUUAUUACGUAUGUAUAUGCCUUGAAAAAGAAAUUUAUAUAUAUUUACGUAUAAAUAAUUUAACUAUUGAAGAUAUAUCUACUAAUUGUAGAUACCUUAG